AUGGAGACUGAUCAGCCUGCACCAGAAAACCCAGACAAGGCAUCCUCGGAUGAACAAGGUGCAAGCCCUGCAAGAUCCUAUGACUGCACUUUUUGUAAGAGAGGUUUCUCCAAUGCACAAGCCCUUGGUGGCCACAUGAAUAUUCACCGUAGAGACAAAGCCAAGCUCAAACAACCUUCUCCAACUCAUGAAACUACUGCUACUACCCAACAAUCUAAUUUCGACAUCUCCAAGAUCAUCCCCUCCUAUUCUCACACACCAAGCAGCCAUGGAAAGUGGCGUUGGGUUCUUCAGGAUGAUGGUGCUGAUGCCAGAACAGACAAAACCAGUGACCAUAUUGUCGGAUCACAAAUCCGACAACUGCCUUUGUUUGAUGAAAAACCUUCCAAAUCAGAUCAAAAUCCCAGAAGCCAAGUUCAGGAGGGCCUUGAGAAAGGGUUUUCAUCCACCCAACCUCCAUUAGGGUCUGAAUUGGAUCUUGAACUUAGAUUGGGACCUGAGCCUCACGAUUCAUCGCCACCAAAGACCACCAAAAAGUUCUUUUAA